UGCCUAAGCCAAUAAGAGUGCGGAGGCGGGGCCUGGCUAAGAGCAGGAAAUGGCGGCCGCCGCGGAGUCCCUCCCCGCCUGCCGCCAUGCUGCCCCUGCGCCUAUGCCGGCUGUGGCCCCUCAACCCUCCCAUUUGGUUCUUCGCAGCGGCCGCCCGGCAGCGGUCUGGCCCCAGUAACUACUACGAACUCUUGGGGGUGCAGCCUGGUGCCAGCGCUGAAGAAGUUAAACGAGCUUUCUUCUCCAAGUCCAAAGAGCUGCACCCUGACCGGGACCCCGGGAACCCAGCCCUGCACAGUCGCUUUGUGGAGCUGAGUGAAGCAUACCAAGUGUUGAGCCGUGAGCAGAGCCGCCGCAGCUAUGACCACCAGCUCCGCUCAGCAGCUUCCCCAAAGUCUCCAGGAACCACAGCCCACCCCAGGUCUGCUCACCAGGCAUACAGCAGUUCUGGGGCACCCCCCAAUGAACAAUACUGGGCCCAAUUUCAUAAAGUGAGGCCUCAGGGACCAGAGUCCAGGCAGCAGCAGCACAAACACAACCGGCGAGUGCUGGGGUACUGCCUCCUGAUCAUGCUGGCUGGCAUGGGCCUGCACUACGUGGCCUUCAGGAAGCUGGAGCAGUUGCAUCGUAGCUUCAUGGAUGAGAAGGAUCGGAUCAUCACAGCCAUCUAUAACGACACUCGGGCCCGGGCCAGAUGCUCUCCCUGCAGGGCCAACAGAGCCAGGCUCCUGCAGGAGCAUCGGCAGAGGCAGCAGCUGCAGCCACCACCCGGGCCGCCCCAAGGCCCCGGGGUCGUGCCCCCGGGCCCCUGAGCAGCUCACCUUGGAGAGCUCACCUUGGAGAGCUCACCUUGGAGAGCUCACCUUGGAGAGCUCACCUUGGAUGGGGCCUGCGGGGUGCCCCCUUCUGGGACGCCCCACGACCCAAAACGCGUGCAAUAAAGUGAUUCUCAAGA